UUAUUGACCUUUCCUAACAUGAAGAGUUCCAUUGGCAGCUUGUUGAAAACAUUGUCAAUUUUAAUUUUUCAUCAAUGAAGGAAACCUUAUUAGAUCUAGAAUCGGAAGAAAAACAGAUUAUGGGUUUACCGAAACGCAAACUUUCAAAAAUUAUUAAAAUAAUUAUUUUAAUUAUUUUACUGGUCAUUUUCCUUAUUGUUAUAACGACUUUUUCUUGGAGAGGCUCUUUAAAAAAUGUUCCUACAAUUAUUUUGACUGAAAAAGACGAAAGUGUUGUCUUGGAUGAAAACACUGAAAUGUUAAUAUUUAAUGACCCUGACUUGGACGAGAAAUAUCUCAGCAUAUCUUUUCAACAUAAGUUGCAGAAUUCACGUUUUAAAACAACAUCAUGUGAUGAUUUCAUUGACAAGUCUAAACUAGGUCAGUUUAAACAUAAAGAUCCUGAUGAUUUAAAAUUAGAAUGGAAACCCACAAUAUGUCAGAUGUUUGAAAACGACAUCAAGUUAGCAGUUUAUGAAGAUCAUGUAGGUAUUAAAUGUCAUACUGUUCAUUGGAUUUCUGAGAAUAAAGAUUCAGAGAUAGUUAACUGCUUGGACAUCUCUGACGACAAUUGGUAUGGUGGUGGAGGUCUAUCUAUUCAACGCUGGCCUCUCAAUAGGGUUAAUGUUCCCCUUCAGCCUUAUAUCACUAGAAGAUUUACACCUGAAACACAGACAGAUGAAGCUAAUUUUGAUUCAUUUAUUGAGCCUUUUUUCAUAAGUGCAAAAGGAACUGUGAUUCUAGUAGAGCCUUACUUGCCAUUAUUUGUUUCUAUCAACCAUAACAGUAAUAAAAAGCUUUGCUUCAAGUCUUCUUACCAAAACCCUUAUAAUCUUCAUGAGUCAAAGGCCGACAAUAUUUCUUUAAAAUAUAAGGUUUGCCAUGACCGUCGUGGCCGGGCAGCACAUUGGCAUUUCUUAGAAUGGAAAGCUUUGGACCACUCAACAGUUGCACCUCCUUCAGAAAUGUUGAUAAAACCUAUAUGGAGCACAAGGGGGAUAAAUACUGAUAACAUUAAACAAUCUACUGUGCUAUCCCUGGUAAAGAACAUUAAAGAUAGCGACCUUCCUUAUAGUCAAUUGUUUAUAGAUGGUAAUUAUUCAAAAUCUAUGGGAAAUUUUUACUUCAAUGAAAAUACUUUUCGGAAUUCUCAUCAGCUAAUAAUGGAGUUUAGAUCUGAUUUAGUUAGUGAUAAGCUUCAAGUUGGCACUGAAGUAUUUCCUUUUGUAUCAGAAACUAAAUUUGCACUGCAAUUUAAACCUCGUCAAAACUCAAACACCUAUGGAAAUGUAAGUCUACCUCUUCAUCUCAAUGUCUUUAAUAAGGAAGCUGUCACAUGGUAUAACAAACAUUUGAAAAGUGUUUACAAGGAGCUUACCACCAGAGGAUUUCGAUUUUCUGGUGGACAUGCUUUUGACAUUGUACAAGAAGAUGUUCAUUUAAAUUUGCAAAACAGCACGUUUCAUUUAAAUAAAUUCACUAACCAUUAUGCUGCUAUCGCCAGUUUAUUUGGUGAACAUUGCCUGAUAGGCAGUGGCUAUAAAAGUCAGAAUUACACUGUCAUUGCUGAUGCUGGGCCAAUGUUGGCUUCUUGGAAUCAUAAGAAAGGGCUCCAGAGUAUCAUACCUACUACACUGACAUAUGGCCUCAUGGGUUAUCCCUUUGUUUUAACUGGGCCCAUUGGAGGAGUUGACAUGUUGGGAAAACUCUUCAAUGGCAACUUUCCACCACCAGAAAAAGAACUGUUUAUUCGAUGGCUACAAAUUGCUGUGUUUCUUCCAGUCAUGGAGUUCUCUAGUGGGCCUUGGCUCUAUGGAGAGGAAGUAGUUAAUUAUACAAAAAAAAUGUUGGAAUAUAGACAGAGUGUGUUAUGGCCUAAAUAUCUAGAUCCAGCCUCUAGUGAAGCUACAGAAGUUGGCACACCUAUUGCCCGUCCCCUGUGGUACAUAUUUCCUGAUGACAAGACAGCCCAGUUCAUUGAUUGUGAAUUCUUUCUAGGCAACAGUUUGUUGGUGGCUCCAGUGCUGUAUGCGAAUGCUCGACACAGAGAUAUCUAUCUUCCUGAUGCUCCUUGGUGGAGAGAUCAGCUCCAUGACCAGUACUAUACUGGAGGUCAAUGGCUUAGAAAUUUUCCAGUUGACCUCUAUGAAAUUGCUACAUUUGUUCAGGAACGACCACAGAAAAAAACAGAGAAUCUAAAAUAAUUUACAAAUAUAAUUGGGUACAUAUUUUCCAGAACUAUGACUUAUAUUAUAGGAACAAUUUUAAUACCGGUACUAUUUAAAAAAUAUGUCAUUAAUAUGGGUGAAGUUAAGCUUGAUGUUUAAUAUAAUCCCUAAUUAAUAAGUCACAUUAAAUUAGCAAAUCAGCACAUUCCGGACACAUUUGUAUAUAUAAUCUUCUGUCUUCACAAUUUUGGCUAUUUUAAAAGAAUUAUAUGGUCUUUUAGUGCUGUUAUUUCAUUUUUCAUGUUUGCUUUUCUCUGCAAACAUUGAACAGCUAGCACUAGGCAUGCCAUUGCAAUUUGCAUUAUAAAUUAUAGAAUCUAAGCUUUCAUUCUCUAUUUACUGUCUUUUUGUGUCUACAGGAACAUCUUUUGUAGAUACUCUUUCCAGUUUUUAUUUAGCUUUUUGUGUCCAUGUUUUAUUUUUUUCAUUAAUUAGCUAUAUAUGUAACUCCAGUAAUUAGGAAAACCAUCAAAUAAUAUGAAAUAUUAUUGAAUUUUAAUGACUUGAUUUUUUAAGUUAUUUAAAAAUACCCAUGGAUAUAUUUUUUUCAUUUAUUAAAUUAUAAUUAUUUAUUAAUUAAAUUCCUCCUCAAUAUUUGUGAAUUUUUUUCUAAGCAUUUUAGACAACACAUUAUUUUCAAAGAGAUGAUAAAUUCAUGUUAUUAUUGUUAUACUGAAAUUCUACUUGAUUGGUUAGUGUUACAAGUUUGGUUUCUGUUUAUUGACACUAAAUAUCAGUGAGAAGAUUGAAUUCAUAUUGUGCAUACAUUAUUCUGUUAAUAUAAUAUCUUCAGCUGUUUGUAUGUCAAUCUUAGCUAACUAGCACACUAUAAAGAAACAUUGAAGUAAAACAAGUAACUUUAAAAGAUUCUUAACUCCUUAGAGUUUCAUUUUAUCCAUUAGAAUUAUUUUUAAGAGCAAAGCAUCAAAACUGUAUUAGUUGCAUAAAUAAUUCUUCUUUCCUCUGUCCCUUGACUUUUUUCCAUAAGGGUGCUGUGACAUUACUCAUAACCAAAUCCCUCCAGCCUUUUUGUCUGAUCAACUAGUACAGUAGUGAAUAGGACCAGGGCAUAAGAAAGACAAGCAGAAACACAUAUUUAUAUAUGUAUAUACUUUAUGCUUUUAAAACAAGGUGGGGAAAAAAAUAGGGAUUGUGUUUUAUAUUAUACAGAAACUUAAAGGGAUUUAGGUAUAUGUUGUAUUGUAUAGAUUAUUUUGAAUAGUACUUACUACCAGUACUUUCAUUUUAAUGUAAUUAUCUAUGGGUAGUGAUUUUUAGAACUCAUUUGGUCAAUGACUAAAAGGACCUAACAGUGUUGUCUAUAAACCUCUCUUGUCACAUUCAUAUCAUGUAUCUUAACUAAAUUUGCUAUUAAAAUAUUUGACACUUUAUCAUGUUGCAUAAACCAGCACAUACCAGCGUAUGUAAAAAUUGAUGUAGCAGACUAACUUUGUGUACAUAAACAGUUGCUAACUUUGCCAUGGAUGGUCGUUUGCAUGUAAAAAAAAGAGUGACAUAUAAAUGUCUAAGUUGGCGACUGUUGUAAGGCAGAUAACCCAACUUUAACUGCAUUUAAUGAUAUUUUUGUUUCGAUUUUUUUGUAAGUGUGCUAAUUUUACAUUCCUGCUUAUUUGUACAUAUUAUUACAUAUUAUUAUCACUAUUUUAUUUUUACAUAGAUGUAGAGUUUCAAUAAAUUUCUGAAAAAUAUAGAGUGGUUUAUGUAUGUGCCAGUACAUAUUUAUUUGUAAAAAUGUAUUUAGCAUAAUUGUGCCCUAUGUAAUUGAAGUAGUUAUUUAUGUGAGGUAAUGAAAUAUCUUAUUUUGGUAAAUUAGAGAUAAUUCGCUGUUUAGUUUCAGACAUUGUGUAGCCUCUGCUUGUUAGAGGACUAUGCAGCCAUCACAUUGAUAGUCUACUUUUUUUUUUUUUUUGUAUCACAUAAAUCAUACUAAUAAGAUUUUAACUUGUUGAAGUUAGUAAUACACAUUCUUGCUAAAACACUGCUUGAGGUUAGUAACAUAUCCUUUUGAGGUUCCAUUGGGUGAACAAAGUUUGUAAUGUGUGUAAUGUAAUUUUGAAAAUGCCAGAAAAGAAAAGCAAGGCAAACGACACUAGCUCCAGCUGGAAUAACCUGCCCAGUGUGCGGCCGAACAUUCCGGGCUCACAUAGGUCUCGUCAGCCACAUGAGGAGGCUUAAAACCCCUGUGCUAAGCCGUCAGCCCCCUGGAUGACAAAGUGGUCAUCAUCGAACCACGAUGGACGAACUAUAUAUAUAUAAUUUUGAAAUACAAUAAGGUUCUUAGUUUUUAAAUAGUGAUGGCAUUUAAGCAUAAUUAAUGCAGUUAUGUCUAUAUUUAAAAGACUGAAGCAUUCAUUACUUUUUUUUUUUUUGUUUCUAGUAAGUGCUAAUUUACUAAUUUUAUAAUGUUUCUAAAACAAACUUUUGAAAAGUCAUGUCUGAUCAAAAGUCUGUAAAACGUGACUAGUAAUCUCAGUCUAAUUUGUUAAUGUUUUAUCUUUGAAUAAACAAUUUCUGCCUCAA